ACUGCAGAGUGUCGUGGUUGCUGUAGCAGCAGGAUCAACAGUGUUUCUGUGGUCAAAGCCGUCAGAUGUUCAGCUAAAGGAGCACCGUGUCUCGCCUGGCCGUGUCUUGCCUGUCCGCUCCGUGUCCCAGGUCCCUGCUGGCCUCCAUCCUUACACUCCAUCCUCUACCACUCUACUGCUGACCCCGCCCCCUUCAGCGUCUACCACUCUACUGCUGCCCCCUCUCUCUGACCCCGCCCACUUCAGCGUCUACCACUCUACUGCUGCCCCCUCUCUCUGACCCCGCCCACUUCAGCGUCUACCACUCUACUGCUGCCCCCUCUCUCUGACCCCGCCCACUUCAGCGUCUACCACUCUACUGCUGCCCCCUCUCUCUGACCCCACCCCCCACAGAAACACAGCCGGCAGCAUCAUGCUGAGUCAGGAGUUCCUGCAGAAGUUGAGGUUUCCAGACCUGGACCAUGUGAGCGAGUACAUCAGCAGUGUCUCCGCCCCCGUGUUAGUCAGCAUGGGGGCGGUGGCGGCCGCUACAACCUACUACCUGGUCACGCGACCCAAGCCCCUCCCUCCAGUCUGUGACCUCAGCAUGCAGUCCAUGGAGGUUCCUGGUGGAGAGCUGGCACGCCGCUCUGUCCUGAUGAACGGAGACGCCUACCUGACACACUACUACCCCGACGCCACGACCAUGUACGAGUUCUUCCUCAGAGGGGUCAGAGAGUCCAAUAACGGUCCGUGUCUGGGCUCCAGGAAACCCAAACAGCCGUAUGAUUGGCUGUCCUACAGAGAGGUGAAGGAGCGGACAGAGAACCUGGGUUCUGCAUUUCUUCAUAAAGGACACUCCAAAAGCUCUGAGUCCUACAUCGGCAUCUUCUCUCAGAACAGACCUGAGUGGACCAUCACUGAGCUGGCCUGUUAUACCUACUCUCUGGUGUCGGUCCCUCUCUACGAUACGCUGGGAACAGACGCCAUCGCCUACAUCAUCGACAAAGCCUCCAUCUCCACCGUGGUCUGUGACGUGGCGGACAAAGUCAGCCUGGUUCUGGACUGUGUGAAGGACCGGGAUCAUACCGUGAAGACCAUCGUUCUGAUGGAGACCCCUGGAGCAGAUCUGGUCAGCAGGGGGCAGCAGGCUGGGAUCCACAUCAUCAGCAUGGAGGAGAUGGAGGCUCUGGGUAAGGAGAACCAUCGCCCCCCUGUGCCUCCUCGACCCGAGGACAUGGCCGUCAUCUGCUUUACCAGCGGGACAACAGGAAACCCAAAGGGAGCCAUGCUGACUCAUGGGAACAUCGUGUCCAACUGUUCCGCCUUCAUUAAAGUCUCAGAGGUCAGCUGUCCCAUGUCUCCCAGUGACGUCCAUAUUUCCUUCCUUCCCCUGGCUCACAUGUUUGAGAGAGUAGUCCAGGGAGUGAUGAUCGUACACGGAGCCAGCAUCGGCUUCUUCCAGGGAGACAUCCGUCUGCUGUCAGAUGACCUUACCGCGCUCAGGCCCACCGUGUUCCCGGUGGUCCCCCGACUCCUCAACAGGAUGUACGAUAAGAUCCACGGGCAGGCUAACUCCUCUCUGAAGCGCUGGCUGCUGGGCUUUGCUUACAGGAGGAAGGAGGCGGAGCUAAUGAGAGGAAUCGUGAGGAGAGACAGCAUCUGGGACCGGCUCAUCUUUAGAAAAGUCCAGGCCAGUCUGGGCGGACGCGUGCGUCUGAUGUUAACAGGAGCUGCUCCCAUCUCUCCGGCGGUCCUGUCCUUCCUCAGAGCGGCGGUGGGCUGUCAGUUCUAUGAAGGCUAUGGGCAGACGGAGUGUACAGCAGGAUGUAGCAUCACCUUACCUGGAGACUGGACCGCAGGUCACGUCGGCGCUCCUCUGCCCUGUAAUGCCAUCAAACUGGUGGACGUGUCAGAGAUGAACUACCUGGCGUCAAACGGAGAGGGAGAGGUCUGUGUGAAGGGCCCUAACGUGUUCCAGGGUUAUCUCAAAGACCCCGAGAAGACGGAGGAGGCCAUCGAUGCUGAUGGAUGGCUUCAUACUGGAGACAUUGGGAAGUGGCUCCCUAACGGCACUCUGAAGAUCGUGGACAGGAAGAAGCACAUCUUUAAGCUGGCCCAGGGAGAGUACAUCGCCCCAGAGAAGAUCGAGAACAUCUACUCGAGGAGCGACGCUGUGGCUCAGGUCUUUGUUCAUGGAGACAGUCUGCAGGCUUGUCUGGUAGCUGUGGUGGUUCCUGACCCCGACUUCUUCUCUGGCUGGACCAAGAGGACCCUGGGACUGGAGGGCAGCUACCAGGACCUCUGUAACAAGGCGGAAGUGAAGAAAGCCAUUUUGGAGGACAUGGUCCGACUGGGCAAGGAGGGCGGCCUCAAGUCCUUUGAGCAGGUGAAGGCCAUCUGCAUCCACGAUGAGAUGUUCUCCAUCGAGAAUGGUCUCCUCACUCCCACACUGAAGGCCAAGAGGAACGAACUCCGACAGUUCUUCAAAGCCCAGAUAGAGGAGCUGUACCAAGGAAUCGACAUGUAG